CGAAAAUGAUUAAUCGUCAUUUGGUUCAAGUGACGUUGAAAACCCAAAUGCCAAAAACUGAUUUUUUUUCUAAACCUCCAAAAUGUCGCGAAUGUGGGAAUUCCAAAAAUUCAAAGGACUGCGUUUCACCGACACGUUCCUCCAACUGUUCUCGGAGAAAAACUCCGACGGGACGAAAAAACUCCGCUUCAAAGCCAACGAAUUAGAGCAAAGAUUCCAAGAGCAGUUACUUCCAGCUGACAUGGUGUACGUCUCCACCUUUCUAAACGCUCAUCCUGAGGUGGUUGAAGUUGAUCUGAGCUACAACGGGAUCGAGGAUGAGGGUUUAGAGACCUUGUGCAACAUCACCCUCUCUCAUCAGAAUAACUUGCAACACCUGAACUUAUCCCACUGCGACAUUACACCAGCGGGGAUCAAAGUCUUGUAUUUCAUUGCAGAGAAAUACGGUUUCGUCAAGUUGAAAACAUUGAGACUCACUGGAAAUAAAUUGGGACCCACUGGGGGACACUUAACUGCCCUUUUCGCCCCUUUUUGCCCCACUUUGGAGCACCUGGAUGUCGGAGACACCGACCAGACUGCGGACAGUGUCGACUGUCUUUUCCUCCAACUGUACCGCAGCCAAAUCAAAAUCCUGGACGUAUCUCGCGUGAUCCCUUGCAAUAACAUGACUCAAGUCAAUGCUGUUUUUUUGAGCGAAAGCAUCUCCGAACUGAUCCGACUGAAUGACACCAUUGUUGAAAUACAUGCCCAAAAAUGCAGUUUUGAUGCUCAUGACGUUGAAAGUUUGAUUCUGGGAUUAAAGCUUAACACUUCGUUGAAAUUCCUCGAUAUCGGGUAUAAUAAUAUUUGUUGUGUCGGGGUUGAGUUUUUAUCAGAGUGGCUUAAAACCCGCCCCCAGCUCUUGGGGUUGUGUAUUGCGGGAAAUAAUAUCAAAAAUCACGGUGGUGUUGCGUUGAGUUUUGGAAUGCCGUUUAGCAAAUUGCGAUAUUUGGAUAUCAGUUAUAACCACAUCGGUAAUGAAGGAAUCAUUGCUAUUUUGAACAGUAUUAAGAAGCCCUACAUGCUAAGGUAUUUCCUCCUGUGGGGGAAUUCCUUCAGUCACCCUGCUAAUAAAAUCAUACAGAGGAUGAUGUUAUCCACAGUUUUCGAACAAAGGGGCAUAGAUGUGAAGAUUUAUGAAGUUGAUGGGGUGUUAUAUGCCGCACGAUACCCUGUUGAUAAAUAUAAACAUCGGUAUUAUGGGGUUAUGGAUCAUGGGUGUGCCGUGGGACUGAAGAUUAAAAGAAAUAGGGUCGAAACACCGGACGAUAAACCGAGAGCGUUGGUCAAUUUUGCGCACAUUGAUAGGUAUCCGGAAAUUGAAAAAAAGUCAAAACAAGGGCAAGCAACUGAUGAGAAAGAGAAAAAAAUUGCAAAAUGCGAAGACGUGGUGAAAAAUGAGGAAAAGAGUGGAGGCGUUGACGAAUCAAAUUAAAGAUUGUGCACAAAAUUGAAUAUUUUUUUGCUUUCGUAACGCUUUUGUAACGCAAACUCGUGAAAUAAAUAAAUGA